UUUUUCAUUCGUAUUUGAAGUGAAGCGACGUGACGCUGUUGAAAUGAGGAGUCUGGGUCAGAGUCGAUCAUGGUGGGAAUUUUGAUCUUAGCUCCGUCGUGUAUUUGGUGAAGAAGAUGAAUGAAAUGCUCCGAGGAGCUUCUCGCGCAGUGCUGUUCCUUCUCCUCUUCCAAGGUUUGGGCGGAGAUGGGAGUGAGUUCGUCGGAGAUGGGAGAGAUUUCGGCGGCGACUACUCUAAACUAUCCGGUAUCAUAAUCCCUGGCUUCGCUUCCACACAGCUCCGAGCUUGGUCCAUUCUAGAUUGUCCAUACUCGCCUCUCGAUUUCAAUCCUCUCGACCUCGUCUGGCUCGACACUACUAAACUUCUUUCUGCAGUCAAUUGCUGGCUCAAGUGUAUUUUGCUAGAUCCAUACAAUCAAACUGAUCACCCUGAGUGCAAGUCACGACCUGAUAGUGGUCUUUCCGCUAUCACUGAACUUGAUCCUGGAUAUAUAACGGGUCCUCUUUCUUCAGUGUGGAAAGAAUGGGUAAAAUGGUGUAUUGAAUUUGGUAUUGAAGCUAACGCAAUUAUUGCUGUUCCCUAUGAUUGGAGAUUGUCACCAAAAAUGCUUGAGGAGCGGGACCUCUAUUUCCACAAGCUCAAAUUGACAUUUGAGACAGCCUUAAAACUUCGUGGAGGCCCCUCAAUUGUGUUUGCUCAUUCAUUGGGUAAUAACGUCUUUCGCUACUUUUUGGAAUGGUUAAAGCUGGAAAUUGCUCCAAAACACUAUUUCCAGUGGCUGGAUCAACAUAUUCAUGCCUACUUCGCUGUCGGAGCUCCUCUUCUUGGUGCACCUGACACAAUAAAAGCAACUCUUUCUGGUUCAACAUUUGGUCUUCCUAUUUCCGAGGGGACAGCGAGGGUGAUGUGCAAUUCAUUUGGUUCUUCAUUGUGGAUGAUGCCAUUUUCUAAGUAUUGUAGGGGAGAUGAUGUAUAUUGGAAGCAUUUCUCCAAGGGGAAUGGUGGAGUUCAUCACUCCUAUCACUGUAGUGAGCAGGAACCCCAGUCAAACUACUCAGGGUGGCCAACAUAUAUUGCCAAUAUAGAAGUUCCUUUAGUACAUGACUCAGCUGGAUAUGAUGCAUAUCCAUCACUUUCAGAAGUUACACAUGAAAACUUAACAAGCAUGGAGUGUGGACUUCCUACUCAGCUAUCUUUCUCUGCCCUUGAAACAUCUGAUGGAACUUUUUUCAAAGCGAUUGAGGAUUAUGAUCCAGAUGGCAAGAGACUUUCAUAUCAGCUAAACAGGCUAUAUCAUAGCGAUCCUGUUCUGAAUCCACUAACACCUUGGGAUAGACCUCCGAUAAAGACUGUUUUUUGUAUUUAUGGAACAGAUCUAAAGACGGAGGUUGGUUACUAUUUUGCACCAAGUGGAAAGCCUUACCCAGAUAAUUGGAUCAUUACAGAUGUCAUCUAUGAGAUCGAAGGGUCUCUCUUUUCGAGAUCAGGGAAUCUGGUAGAUGGAGAUCCUGGUAUUGCCAGUGGGGAUGAAACAGUACCAUACCAUUCCCUCUCUUGGUGCAAAAGCUGGCUCGGACCAAAAGUGAACAUAACAAGGGCUCCUCAGGACUUAAAAGUUGCACCAAAGGCAGAACAUGAUGGGUCAGAUGUACAGAUUGAUACGAAUGUAGAGCAUAACUAUGGAGAAGAUAUUAUUCCCAACAUGACUAGGUCACAGAGGGGCAAGUAUAUAACUUACUAUGAAGAUUCAGAAAGUAUUCCAGGAAAAAGAACUGCUGUAUGGGAGCUUGAUAAAGGCUUACAGGGUCAAUGUAUAAAGGGUUGGUCAUUAUGGAAGAAAAACCUUGAGGUUUUAUCUAUUUUCAUUGGGGAAACCUUGAGAAUUGAAAAGAUGUUGCAUGAUAUCCAUCCCAAUGCCAAGUCAAGCUUCGUUACCAAAGUUAAGCGCGGACCUUUGAGGGACGAGGAUUGUUACUGGGACUAUGGAAAAGCUCGGUGUGCCUGGCCUGAGUACUGUGAAUACAGAUAUGUUUUUGGGGACGUUCACCUUGGACAGAGCUGUAGGAUAAAGAAUAACUCAACAGAUAUGCUCUCACAUUAUUUGUAGAUUGAAAGGUUUCAUUCCAUUACUCAAACUUUUUUGGGAAAUUCCAGCUAUAAUGGGAGGUUUAUUACUCUCUGGAGUUGGAGAAACUGCACGUAGAAUUCUUGUGGAUAGCGAUCAUUUCUAGAGACUUCAUUGUAAGACAGGUAAAUGCUACGAGGCUUUCAUUCCAAUUUUAUGUAAUUAGCACUCAGUUGCUUGUAUGCCAAUGAAAAUAAUGUCCCAAAAUUUUGAUGA